AUGGACUGGUAUCCCAGUAAGAGAGAACCCCAGAAAAUUCCAAAGAUCUGUAUCGACGAGGAGGACUUCGACAGAGAGGAGUUCUAUUGCGGUAACUGCGAUUGCGGAGGGGGAGAUUGCGACAGUCUGAGUUUGACUCGUGCCCAUGGCACUCAGCGCAUGGGAAGUCUGCUCGAGCGCUUCAUUCAGCACAUCAAGGCCAAUCGCCGCCUUACCAAGAAGGCGUACGAUUCCAAGCCCAAGACCAUCCGGCUUCGCAAGAAGGCUAGUCGAGCUAUCGCAUCGUACUCGAACAGAUCUGCUGCCGACUCUAUGAAGAACCAUCGCGCUGAGCACAAGCGUGUCAUUGCCAUAAACACGCUCUCCUGUUUGAUUGAUAUCAGCAACACUCUGCGCCACAUCGCCUACCCCGCCGGCGCCACAAAUUCUGAUGUUAGCUCUGGCUCUUCUACCGCCGCUGAGAUGCCCGUCCGGUGCGGUCCUAACAAGAUGCCUGAUGAGUGUCUUUGGGACUUACCUUCGGAUGAGGAUGAGGAGAAGUAG